ACAGUUCGGACUACACAAAGGAAGGAACACAUGACCUCAUGUAUUACAUACAAUACAGGUACGCUACUUAGUAGUUUAAUUGAGCUGUUACGGUCAUCGCACACCGGUCUAAAUAGGAAUCUUCCAAAAUCAAUAGGAAGCGUGGAUCUGGUGGAUUUCCAGAUCGUCUCUUUGUCAUAUGUUGGGAAUUUCCGAUGUGCAAUCUCCUAUAUAACCGCCUCUAUACACAUGGACAUGGAUUACUCGCUCUAUGACAUACAAUUCUAGGUAUAUUGUUAUCAGUUGGACUGUCAAUAAUAGACGUGGAUAAAACAGCGUGUCCUCGCCCGGUCAAGCCAAAGUAAAAAUAACUUCCGCUCUAUGUCGUGUAAACGAUUACUAAAGUUACCGACGAAAUUAUUGUAAUUAAACAUGGCGGAUAUAACGGAGCGCGAAGCCCCUCCCCUGACGGAUACAUCGUCCACCCCCGAUACAACCGCCCUCUCCCCCGGGCCAGGCCGUUGUACGGAGGGGGGCUCUGUGGGGGUUGGUGGACCGACGUCUGAUAUUUCAGAGACUCAGGCUGACGCUUUUAGAGAAAAGUUCGAGAAACAAGUAAAGAAAUUAGUAAAUCGAGUAAAACAUGGACGUAAAAAGAAACAAAAGGAAAAACCGGAAGUUAAAAUUGUAGAGGAAUGCACGAAGGAUGACGAUGACCGGGCGAGGUCGUACUAUGAAAAUAGUAGUACCGGAAGUGACAACGAUGGUAUUGACACACAAACGAACAUUGCUUACUCUGAUUUACCGGAUGUCUGGGAAUGGAGAGGUCCAGAGAGCAUGCUCGAAGAUACUUACGAUUUUAACCACUUCCGGCGUGGUGUUGCAGUGCUCAUUGUAAAUACGGAGUUCUCCAAUGUGAAAGAUAACCGUCCUGCCGCCGAAUAUGACAUACAAAAUCUGACUGCAUUAUUUCAAGUUCUUGGAUUUGAAGUCAAAACACUGAAAAACAAAACAACAAAACAUCUGAUGGACUCACUGAAAGAUAUCCGGUCAAAGCUGGAGAAGGAUAGUGACUGUUUCGCUUGUCUGAUCAGUACUCAUGGCGCGGAGGUCCCAGUUCCGGAACACGACAAUCUCCGACAGCAUAUGCUUCAUACCCACGAUGGCGCGAUAGUGACUGACGACAUCAUUAAGACAUUCAACGACAGCAAUUGUGCAGCAAUGAGAGGAAAGCCGAAACUUUUCUUUAUACAGUCGUGUCGAGCACGGUUCGAUGUUGCUGAAACAGAAAUGGUAGAUCUAGGAGUCGAUAUAGAUAUCACCACGGACUUCAUCCAACCGUCCGGUAUAGGAACGGGGGAGGAGAGACGUCAUACGUCCCAGCAUCAGGGCGGGAGCGACACGAACGACUGCGCAAGCGUACCCGGCCAUAAGUCUUUCGACACAGAGUCCACACCUAAGUCGGUAGAAACACAGGAGACCCUUGAAAUGAGAGUAGACCGCAUUCAAAUUACGGGAGGGGAAAACGAAGUGCUGGGAGGAAUCAAUUUCAAAAACACCACGAAGGCCGACGCCAAAGGUAGAGUCGAUGACAACCCGGCCGGGAUCCGUGGAAUAGAGGAUAUGCAUUUUGCCGACGACGAAGAGGAACAUGACCACGCAAAUGAGGAGGAACAAAGAAAAAUUCGAGAGGCAUGGUGGCGGUACCGGGAGAAACUUCAGCAAGAACAGGAACAGAAAAGGAGGGACAGAUACUUGGCACUUCAACAGAAGCGGCAUAUUGAGGACGCCGACUACUGUACCAUUCCGUGCUACAAACACUGUCUCGUGAUGUUCUCGUCGGCCCCAGAGCGACUAGCUUGGUGCGAUGACCAUAUUGGGGGAUGGCUGCCUUAUUGUAUGUAUAACGUGGUGAGCAUGCUCCACAGGUUCGACUUCCGGACAGACCUUCUGCAGGUGUUGACGGAAGUCAACAAUGCAAUGGGUGUGUAUCUGGAGGCCAACAUCCCAAGCAAACCUGAAUGGCACGGGGCCAAGUCGGCUCCGUGUAUUUACCAUAUGCUCACCAAGGAUAUCUACUUCCGGCUAAAGUGGAACAGUAAAAUAGAGAUUGUUACGGAAGUAUGAACAAUGUGAUGGUCAGAUUAAAACAGUUUUAUGAGGAACGGAGAGUUCUUGCGGGAUACAGAUACGUGCAAACGUGCGUCGUGAGUACAGUACGAUUGGAGUACAGAGUCGUGAGUACAGUAUAAGAUCGGAGUACAGACUCGUGAUUCGUAAGUACAGUAUAAGAUCGGAGUACAGACACGUGAGUCGUGAGUACAGUAUACGAUCGGAGUACAGACACGUGAGUCGUGAGUACAGUAUACGAUCGGAGUACAGACACGUGAUUCGGGAGUACAGUUUACGAUCGGAGUACAGACACGUGGUUCUGAGUACAGUAAGAUCGGAGUACAGACACGUGAGUCGUGAGUACAGUAUAAGAUUGGAGGACAGACCGCGGCGUGGACAGCCGGUACAGACACUGUAACCAGGCUCACAUCUAACCACUGACCACGCUCGAUGUUGAGCGAGUUCCAGGAUUAUACCGUAUACUAACCAAAAAGCUAGCUUGCCAGUAAGGCAGUAUCCCCCCCCCCCCUCCUCGCUUGGCUGCUACAACACCGGAGUUUGGUAUAUUCUGUUGCCUUCUGUGAUAUGAGUGUCACUUUUAGACAAUGCUCAUAAGCGUGAUUUACUAUUUCGUUGUCAUUACCUCGGUUCUCACUGAGGACAAUGUGUUUCUUGGAUUUGAUCAAAUUUUACACGGCGGGUGUCUUCGAUAAUCUAAAAGACGCUUACUCUUCCGAAACACGUGGUCUUAUUCCCUUGUAGUGUUUCAAAUGUCUCAGUGUAAAUCUUUCCUUGUUCAUAUUUUGCCAUCAUGAAUUCUGAGUUUAAAUUACGAUUUUGUUUUCAUUUCGGUAUAUUUUCGUAUGUUUUAUUCAAACAACAUAAUCUUUAUAAUCAGUGGUUAGCGAUCAUACGAUAACAUUGUGUAGUGCAAUCUCCAAUACUUCCACAGGUAGUAAUGCUUUUUUAUGACGUCAUCGAUUGGUAUAAUAUUGUGCCAUUUACAACUACGUAAUAAACAUGUACUUGUAUAUAUAUAUAUUAAACAUUUCCCGUUCAAUUGUUUUCCGGAAGGCAAGUGGUAUAUAGAGUGACGUUAUCGCCAUGGAGAAUCUAAUUUCAUAAAAUGUAAUAAUCUGUCUCUUGAGUGUCAAAAGUCCAAACUGCAGUAUGUUGGCUGUGACUGUUCCUGCACGUGACAUGUAGAGUAUUAAUUCUUACAACGAUUUUAACGAUUUUUUUUCUCCCCAUAAAACAUUGACAUUUACUUUAAUCAUGUACUUUUGUUGCCAUCAUCUGUAGCAAGAAUUAUGAAAGCGUCAUGGCUAUGUGGUGAUUUAACCUACAUAGAAACAUCUCGAAGUAGCGGAAAUAAGCAUACUUCCGUUUGGUUGAUUCACUCAGGGACCCGUGUUCGAGCAGAUAUAAAAACUAUAGCAUAACAAGUUCUAAUCAAGGUCAUUCUAAGUUUAAAAGCUGUUACGAAUAUAGAACAGCUGCUGAGUGUCCGGUACUUUUGUUUUUUGUUUUUUAAUUUGAAAACGCUCGUAGGAAUGUAACUAUAUAGCUAACUCUAUAACAUAUAAAAAUGUAUAAAUGACUUCAUUAUUAGCGUGACAGAGUGUAGUGUGUUAAUAUCUGUGAAACAGGGUACGAUUUAAAUUAAAGUCAGUACAGAUAUUGAUAUGUUAUAGAUGUAUUCGCAUGCCUUUGGACAUUUUAGUUAUCAUUAUUUUAACGUUCAUUAACACACGUGUCAGUGUGUCAGUGUCAGUGUGUCAGUCAGCCUGUUAGUGUUAAUCAGCCGUGUCAGUGUUCAUCAUCCGUGUCACACACUGCUUAUGAAUUAGCACAUAAUGUUAAUGGAUGAGCACAUAAUGUUAAUUGAUCAGCAUACACUGUUAAUGAAUAAGCACAUACUGUUUAUGGAUUAGCACUUACUGUUAAUGGAUUAACACAUACUGUUUAUGGAUAAGCACUUACUGUUUAUGGAUUAACACAUACUGUUUAUGGGUAAGCACAUACUAUUUAUGGAUGAGCACAUAAUGUUAAUGGAUGAGCAUAUACUGUUUAUGGAUUAACACAUACUGUUUAUGGAUUAGCACAUAAUGUUAAUGGAUGAGCAUAUACUGUUUAUGGAUUAGCACAUACUGUUAAUGGAUGGGCAUAUACUGUUUAUGGAUUAACACACACUGUUUAUGGAUCAGCACAUACUUUUUAUGGAUUAGCACAUACUGUUUAUGGGUAAGCACAUACUGUUAAUGGAUGAGCAUAUACUGUUAAUGGAUCAGCAUAUACUGUUUAUGAAUUAACACAUAAUGUUAAUGGAUGAGCAUAUACUGUUAAUGGAUUAGCACAUACUGUAUAUCGAUUAACACAUUCUGUUUAUGGAUUAACACAUACUUUUUAUGGAUUAGCACAUACUUUUUAUGGGUAAGCACAUACUGUUUAUGGAUGAGCACAUAAUGUUAAUGGAUGAGCAUAUACUGUUAAUGGAUCAGCAUAUACUGUUUAUGAAUUAGCACAUAAUGUUAAUGGAUGAGCAUAUACUGUUAAUGGAUUAGCACAUACUGUAUAUGGAUUAACACAUUCUGUUUAUGGAUUAACACAUACUUUUUAUGGAUUAGCACAUACUUUUUAUGGGUUAGCAACUACUGUUUAUGGAUUAGCACAUACAUUUUAUGGCUUAUCACAUACUGUUAAUGGAUGAGCAUAUACUGUUAAUGGAUUAGUAAUGGAUUAGCACAUACUGUUUAUGGAUUAGCACAUACUGUUUAUGAAUUAGCACAUAAUGUUAAUGGAUGAGCAUAUACUGUUAAUGGAUUAGUAAUGGAUUAGCACAUACUUUUUAUAGAUUAGCACAUACUUUUUAUGGGUUAGCAACUACUGUUUAUGGAUUAGCACAUACAUUUUAUGGCUUAUCACAUACUGUUAAUGGAAGAGCAUAUACUGUUAAUGGAUUAGUAAUGGAUUAGCACAUACUGUUUAUGGAUUAGCACAUACUGUUUAUGAAUAAGCACAUACUGUUUAUGGAUUAGCACAUACUUUUUAUGGAUUAACACAUAUCGUUUAUGGUUAAGCACAUACUGUUUAUGGAUAAGCACAUACUGUUUAUGGGUAAGCAUAUACUGUUUAUGAAUUAACACAUACUGUUUAUGGAUUAGCACAUACUUUUUAUGGAUGAGGACAUAAUGUUAAUGGAUCAGCAUAUACUGUUAAUGGAUUAGCACAUACUGUUUAUGGAUAAGCACAUACUGUUUAUGGAUUAGCACACACUGUUUAUAGAUUAACACAUACUGUUUAUGGAUUAGCACAUACUGUGUAUGGGUUAGCACAUACUGUUUAUGGAUGGGCACGUAAUGUUAAUGGAUGAGCACGUACUUUUUAUGGAUAAACUCAUACUGUAUAUGGAUUAGAA